CUGGCAUCACUGCAUGUCUGCUUGUUUUAGAUCUGGAUCAUAGAAACCUGGAUUUGUUUUUAGAUUCUCUUUAAAUCCAUUUCCUGUUGAAAACAGAACAUCGGUCCACUUUGACCCAUUUAGCAGAAUCCAGAAAGUUCUGGACCCCAGAGAGGGAAACAGAAAGGAUGCCAGAGCGCCACAUGACCCUGAGGUCGCAUGACCCUGAGGUUCUGACCCGAAAGAGAAGUGAAUCUGCUGAAAACAGGAAUUUCCUGCUGAGCUCCGGUUAAAGAUGGGCCAGUAGGACCAGAACUCUUGGGAAGGUUCUGACUGGUUCCAGUCUGCAUUACUGGACCCAGAACAUUUAAUUCCUGUAAAGUGUUCAGUCCAAACAAGCCGGCACCCAGUCAGACAGAACAACCCAAAAGAACCGAACCAGAACCAUUAACCUGUGAUGGAGGUUCUGCCUGGAUUUGUUUGUCCAUGUUUGACUUUUGGGUCCAGGUUCUUGACGGCGAUCUGAUUCACCUGAAGAAACUGGUUAUUAAUCAUUUAAUUCACAGUAAAUUAUUAAUUAGUUAUUAAUCAGUUAUGAAUCAGUUAUGAAUCAGUUCAUGAGCCAAACAUCGCUGAGUCUGUAGGUUCCCAGCAGGUCUGAGUCAGACUGCGGCUCUGGCUGGCGUUCCUGGGGGCCCGGCGUUCCUCGGGGCCCGGCGUUCCUCGGGGUCGGGGUUAAUGUUGCUUCCCAACUGUGUGUCUGAGGCUCUAGCCGUCGCUGUACUCCAGAGCUCCUCAGGGUUCUGGGAACCUGUGAGGUUCCACAAACCUGUGGGCAUAAAAAUGCUUCAUCAGCAUUAAAACUGUCUAGUUUGGAUCUUCCAGAAGCCAAGAAGAGGAAUUGGGGAUUUCCUGAAAACAUUUAGCCUGCCGUCAGCAGGUUUCCUUUGGCUCUGCUCCGAGGAUUUAAACCCAGAUGGAUGAGCUGGAGGCAUCAGAGCUCUGGAGACACCAGCUGAAGAUGCCACAGCACAUCACCGACAUCGACAUUUCUGUGAACCAUGCCGAGGAGAAACAGCUACGGAAACUUGGCUUCACUCAGAUCCAUGUGGACCUGAACUCCGACACUGGAGGAAACCCAGUAUACCUCUGGUACAAAACCAGUGACUGUCCCGCCAUCACCAGGAUCCAGUUCUCCUUCACCGAUGAGAUGAGAGAAGGUCUGGUCACCGAAGGGUACCACAAGGUGGACAAAAACCUCAACAACGGAAACAGCGGCAGCGCCAUCUACCUGUGGUUCUUCAAAGGCUGCACUGAUUACGACGUCCCGGUGGUGGAACUGGACGUCUCCACCGAUGCCCAGAGCGACGCCAUGAAGGUCCAGCCGCUGUGGGAGCGGUCAGCCUGCGACCUGAACCGCCGGGCCGGAGGGAAGUGGAUCUACCUGUGGAUGAAGAGGGAGAGGCAGACCUACAUCAGCGACAUCACAGCCACCACCGACACAUCUCUGGACUCCAGCCUGUUCCGCCAAGGCUACACCCGAAUGGACGAACACACCAACAGAGACGCAGGCGGGACUUUCGUCUUCCUCUGGUACCGGCGGACCACUGACAGCCAGAAGGCCAUCAGAGACCUGCAGGUCUCCACUGACGGGGAGUCUGAGGAGAGUUUCCAGAACCAGAACUACCAGCAGGUGGAGCUGGACCUGAACCAGGGAACCAAAGGAAGCCCGGUGUACCUGUGGUUCAAGACCGAGGAGUGCAGCAAAGCGCCCAUCAAGAUGGUGUCCCUGCUCCUUGACACCAACGCUGUGGAGCCCUACAUGAAUGCUGGCGUAGAGGUCAUCGAGAAAAACCUCAACAAUGCUGGCUGCAAAGAGUUCCUGUGCUUUAACUAGGCUGCAGUGUUUCUGAGCAUGCUCAGUGGGAGAAAUGAUCCCAUCAAUCUGAUCAUAUCUGUUAUCAUCUCUGAAUCUUAAUAAAGCAUCUGAUCAUG